AUGUACGAUGAACACAUCCACCUCCCUACGGAAGAGAGCGGCAAGCUGGACCUCGUCAUAGAGCAGUACGACCGGCUUGGGUUUACGGGUGCGAUGGGUUCUAUGGACGUCACACACAUCGCUUGGAGCAGGUGCCCCUACAACCAAGCCCGUUCGUACACUGGCAAGGAGGGGUUUCCCACGAUCGGGUACCAGGUCACCGUUGAUCACGCUGGCCGGGCUAUUGCCGUGACCGAGGGCUUCACCGGCUCGACGAACGACAAGACCACCGUCUGCUGGGAUGCCGCGGUGGAGAAGAUUCGGACGGACAAGCAGUACACGGAGAAGACGUUCGACGUGUACAACCAGGAUGGUACGACGACGACGCUCAAGGGGUGCUACGUGCUCGUCGACAACGGGUACCACAAGUGGCAAAUCCUGAUCGAGCCCUCCAAGUACCCGCUGAGCGAGAACGACCUGCUCUUUUCGAAGAGGCUGGAGAGCGUGCGGAAGGAUGUCGAGUGCUUCUUCGGCAUCCUGAAGGGUCGCUUGAGGAUCCUCAUGCUCGCCAUGGCGUUCCAGAGCCAGGAGCGCAUCGACAACGUGUUUUUCACGUGCUGCAUCUUGCACAACAUGCUGCACACCUUCGACGGCAUGGACCAGCUGGUGGAGAACACGAACUGGGUCAGCAGUGCCGGGGUGGGGACCACAUCGGUGACGGAGCCGGAGGCGGACUCUGGAUCUGUUGGGACGAAGGACGUCAACGGCCGGCCUCAAGUGGAGGCAGGGCACGCGGUGCGCAAGCGGCAGCUCACCACGAGCUUCGCGUACCGCAAGAAGCACAAGAAGGACAUUGUGUAUGGCAACUCGACGAGUAUCGUCGCGUUGCCUGUCUGA